GUGGUUGGCGGCGCUGCGUGAGCAGUCCCCGAGCGCGGACAUGGCGAGUAACCGCCACAGCUCGAGCCCGCAGCCCGUGCCCGGGCCCGGGGCUGGCACUGGGCCUGGCUCGGUGAGCGGCGCCCCCGCCUCCGCCUCCGCCCCCGUCCCGGGCAGUAGCCGCGGGCCCGGCAAAGCUCCCGCCGCUGGCAACAAGAAGCGGCCGCUCCUUAACGGCCUGGUGAACUCGUACGAGGACAAGAGCAGCGACUUCGUGUGCCCUAUCUGUUUUGAGAUGAUUGAAGAGGCACAUAUGACAAAAUGUGGUCACAGUUUUUGCUAUAAAUGUAUUCGGCAGAGCCUUGAGGUCAGUAAUCGGUGUCCGAAGUGUAACUAUGUGAUUGAUAAUGUUGAUCAGCUGUACCCUAACUUUCUAGUUAAUGAACUAAUCCUGAAACAGAAGCAAAGGUUUGAAGAUAAGCGAAUAAAACUGGAACACCCAAAUGGUCACAGAUGGCAAGCGAUACAAGAUGUUUUAAUCACAGACCAGGACAGUUUGGAUCUUGCCAAUGUAAACCUCAUGCUGGAGCUUAUAAUGCAGAAAAAACAGCAGCUGGAAGCUGAAUCACAGGCAGCUCAGCUGCAUAUCCUCAUGGAGUUUCUUCAGGAGGCAAAAAGGAAUAAGAAGGAGCAACUGGAACAGUUACAAAAGGAGCUGAAUGUUCUUGAGGAGGAUAUCAAACGAGUGGAGGGUCUGAUAUUCAAUGAGCCAACAGGUCUGUAUUCUCCGAUGAGUGAAUUGACUCGCGUGCCAAACCUGGAUAGCACAGUUCCGCAGUUUGAAGCACCAUCCCCAUCACACAGUAGCAUUAUGGACUCUCCUGAAUAUUCCCAGCACCCUGGUUUCAGUGGAAGUUCACAGGGAAAGAGACAAACAUACAACAACACAUUGGCCUCCCGACGCAAGCGAUUAACUGCUCAUUUUGAGGAUCUCGAGCAAUGUUAUUUCUCGACCAGGUUAUCUCGUCUAUCAGAUGAAACCAGAUCAGUUAAUCAACUGGAAGAAUUUCAGGAGUGUCUUUCAAAGUUUACACGGUACAGCUCAGUAAGGCCCCUUGCCACUCUCUCCUACGCUAAUGACUUAUACAAUGGCUCAAGUAUUGUUUCUAGCAUUGAAUUUGAUCGAGAUUGUGAUUUUUUUGCAAUUGCUGGUGUGACAAAGCGAAUCAAGGUGUUUGAAUAUGGGACAGUGAUUCAGGAUGCUGUUGACAUUCAUUAUCCGGUCAAUGAAAUGACCUGCAAUUCUAAAAUCAGCUGUAUCAGCUGGAGCAGCUACCACAAGAACUUGUUAGCAAGCAGUGACUAUGAAGGGACAGUGAUUUUGUGGGAUGGAUUCACAGGGCAGAGAUCAAAGGUCUACCAGGAGCAUGAAAAGCGAUGUUGGAGUGUGGAUUUUAAUCUAAUGGAUCCCAAGCUCCUUGCUUCAGGCUCUGACGAUGCUAAAGUGAAAUUGUGGUCCACAAACCUGGAUAACUCUGUGGCAAGCAUUGAAGCAAAGGCCAAUGUUUGCUGCGUUAAGUUCAGCCCAACCUCCAGGUACCACUUGGCCUUCGGAUGUGCAGAUCAUUGUGUCCAUUAUUAUGAUUUGCGGAAUACAAAACAGCCUAUCAUGGUCUUUAAGGGACAUCGCAAGGCAGUAUCAUAUGCCAAGUUUGUAAUCGGAGAAGAAAUAGUUUCAGCGUCAACAGAUAGUCAGUUAAAGCUGUGGAAUGUGAACAGACCACACUGCCUGCGGUCAUUUAAAGGUCACAUCAAUGAAAAGAACUUUGUGGGUUUAGCAUCUAAUGGAGAUUAUAUCGCCUGUGGAAGUGAAAACAAUUCUCUCUACCUCUACUAUAAGGGGCUCUCAAAAACACUGCUCACCUUUAAAUUUGACACAGUUAAAAGUGUUUUGGACAAAGACAAAAAGGAGGAUGAUACCAAUGAAUUUGUCAGUGCUGUGUGUUGGAGAGCAUUACCAGAUGGGGAAUCAAAUGUCUUAAUAGCUGCUAACAGCCAAGGCACAAUAAAGGUGCUGGAGCUGGUAUGAAUGGAGAUGGCUUUGGUGGUACCUUCCCAGUCAACUGCUGCCAUGAAGACAAGUUCCUUGGGAUUAAUGAAAACCUUUGGCAGGCAACCUUUUCAUCCUUUUCAUGAUCCUUCACCACCAGCAACAGUUGCAAGUGCCAUGACCAUGUAACUGUAAAUGCUCCUUAUAGAUCAGGAGAAUGUGAUGGGAGGUUGAAGUAAUCCUGACCAAUCUUUUCAUAAACUGAAAUCUCUGAAGAAUAAGGAACUCGUAUUUUCAAUGGACGUGGUCUACAUGUAACUGCAAUGAUUUAAUUCUGUCUUGUGUUUCACAGAGAUUAUUAUAAUAACCGGAAUGCAAUUGGAUUACCAAGAGCAGGACUAGAGAGAAGAAAUUAGGCCAUUCCAUUUCAGUUUAUAUAAGCUCUACCAAGGUAACCUGACUCAAUUUUUAUCUGGGGGCUCCAAACCAAGGUAACUGGGUUUAAAGUCAUUGUUUUUAACCUGAUGUGAUUUUGGUUUGGACAGUCACCAAACAGUGCUUUCUUUAAAACAGUGAAGCUUCCUUGUGUUGGACGAAUGUAUUCUUUACUGCUACCAGCUGUAGUAACAGAGAGAGUGAAAGCAUUUUGAGUGACUGUGAUUCUGUGGACUCUGUCACUGCUCUCUUGUAGUGCUUUAUUUCACUAAGUUACAGUUGGAAUACUAUAGCAAUUGCUCUAUACUGUGCCAGGGUGGCAGUGCACAGGUUUCGUGGGGUCAGGUUUGGCCAUUUGUGUAGCAUUAGGUGUGGCAGUGGAGAGGUGCAAAUGGGGACACUUUUCACAGGGAGCAGAGGUUUGAAACAGAAUCUGAGUUAUGGAGGGCAUUUAGAUUGCAUUGCUUUGUAGCUGUCCCAUUUAAUUGUUACCUGGUCAGGGUGUGGAUUGGCCUGGUAUUCAGGUUUCAUUGAUAUUCAGGUUAAAGAACUGACCUUUUAACACUGUUAUCGUUUACCUAGAUUUGUGAGCAAAUCUUGUCACAGUCCAUUGUUUGAUUUUAAUUCUUCUUUGAGUUUCAGUUCAUUCUUGUCAAACAGUAGUUGCUUGUGAUGGAGUAUUGAAAAUAUUUUCAUCUGUCGAGUCAAACACUAUAACUCAGUCACAACCUUUUUGUAUAUUUUCCACUCAUAAUUGGUUUCUAAUUCUCUAACCAUCAUUAAAAGAUUUUUCAAGUUGUGCUAUCUGGAUGUUGGAUUUCUUCUGUUCUGAUUUUAAACUAGCACUGCAUUUGAAGCAAGUGUUGACGUACAACCUUACUCUCAUACGUCAAGCUUACUCUCAUACAUUUGUGCUGUUUGAAGCCAACAGAAAUAAGCUAUGUUUACUUCUAAAUAACACCUAAACACUAAUACUUUCUUUCUAGAUUGGUGGCUUCAGUCAUGUUCCAGUAUCUGUUUUAAGUGAGUAUAGGCAUGUUCAUGUAUAUCCAUCAAUGGAAGGUAUCACGAAUGAGUCAUAGUUAUACAGUAUGGAGACAGGCACUUCAGCCCAAAUUGUCCAUGCUGACCAGGUUACCUCCAUGAGCUGAUUCUGACCAGGAAUUGGAACCCAGCUUGUGGCCUUGAAUUUGUCGGCAUCCACCUUAUUGAACAACACACCGGCUUUUCCCACCAUGGAAUUAGAUCAUGGUAAUCUACAUCUUAACAAUUGUAUGUGGCAGAACUAUAAUCCAUUUCAUAGAAUCAUAGAAUAGUACAGCACAAUGUUGUGCCAACCUUUAAACCUCACCUAAGACUAUCUAACCCCUUCCCCCCACAUAUCCCUCUAUUUUAAAUUCCUCCAUAUACUUAUCUAGCAAUCUCUUGAAUUUGACCAAUGUAGCUGCCUCCACCCAGGUAGCGCAUUCCAUGCCCCUACCACUCUCUGGGUAAAAAAAAACUCACUCUGAUACCUCCCUUGAACUUCCCACCCAUUACUUUAAAGCCAUGCCCUCUUGUAUUGAGCAUUGGUGCCCUGGGAAAGAGGUACUGGCUAUCUACUCUAUCUAUUCCUCUUAAUAUUUUGUAUACCUCUAUCAUGUCUCCUGUUAUCCUCCUCCUCUCCAAAGAGUAAAGCCCUAGCUCCCGUAGUCUCUCCUCAUAAUGCAUACUCUCUGAACCAGGCAGCAUCCUGGAAAAUCUCUGCAACGCUUCCACAUCCUUCCUAUAAUGAGGCAACCAGAACUGGACACAGUACUUUAAGUGUGAUCUAACCAAAGUUUUGCAGAGCUGCAUCAUUACCUCGCGGCUCUUAAACUCGAUCCCACAACUUAUGAAAGCUAACAUCCCAUAAGCUUUCUUAACUACCCUAUCCACCUGUGAGGCCACUUUCAGUGAUCUGUGUAUAUAAACCCCCAGAUCCCUUUGCUCUUCCACGCUACCCAGAAUCCUGCCAUUAACUUUGUACAACAUCUUGGAAUUUGUCCUUCCAAAGUGUACCACCUCACACUUCUCCAGAUUGAACUCCAUCUGCCACUUCUCAGACCAGCUCUGCAUCCUAUCAUUACUGGAUUUUCUUACUGCUUCCAUUGCCUAGCUUACUUGUAAAUCCUGUGUCACAGUGAGAUGGGUGUACCUACUACACUGAUGUUACUGAGGCAUUCUUCAUGUUGAAUUUUGAGACACCUUAUUCAUUCGCUGAGGGAGGAUGCUGGAUAGUAAUCAGCAGGUUUCUUUGCCCAUGUUUGAACUUAAGGUUUUAUAGAAUAGUUAAAGUUGAAGCUGAGGACCCGUACUUUUACUACUGUUGGUUGGUGUGAGAUAAGUGUAGCAAUAACAUGACAUUAAUAACAUUAAAGCAAUCCCAUAAAACACAAUUCAAUGAAGGGCCCAUUUCAAAGGUGAGAGUGUAACAAAUCAGCUGGGAGUGUAUUCCUGUGAACAUUGGUCAAAGAGUACUGAUAAGACAUAUACCUGAAUAUAUAGGGAUCCAGUGAGUACAAAUUGAUGAAACAUGAUGAAAGCAGAUUAACAAACUAAAUUAACAUUAAAAAAAAUAGCUAAUUCUGCAAAGAUUGCAGGAUUAUUGUUGCAGGGAAUCUAGGAACAGUAGAUCUCAACUGGAAGGAGUAGAGUCAGGUUGUAAAUAUGUAGAGGUGGACAAAUCAAGAUUGAGAAAUUAUUUCACUAUGAUCAAAAAAAAUUAUACAGAGGAAUGAAAUCUUUCAGGUAUAGAAGUGGAGCAGAAACUGACACAAGGCAUUGGAAAAUAUAUUGGUAUUUUUAGACAAUUUAUAUUUGUCUUUACUUGAUGUACUUUGUUCUUUUAUUAGCUCCUUGAUAUUCUAUGGUUAACAAG